GGGGAGGAGAGGAGGCCGGUUCCGGGCCCCCGCGGCAGGAGAAGGCGGAGCCAGGCUUCCCGGACAUAAGGGACGCUUUUACGUGAUAGAAUGGAUGAACAGUCACAAGGCAUGCAGGGGCCUACUGCUCCACCAUUUCAGCCACAGAAAGCCUUGCGACCCGACAUGGGCUAUAAUACGCUUGCCAAUUUCCGAAUAGAGAAAAAGAUUGGCCGUGGGCAGUUCAGUGAAGUUUACAGAGCAACAUGCCUGUUGGAUGGGGUACCAGUGGCUCUGAAGAAGGUUCAGAUAUUUGAUUUAAUGGAUGCCAAAGCCCGUGCUGACUGCAUCAAAGAAAUAGAUCUUCUUAAGCAACUGAAUCAUCCAAAUGUAAUUAAAUAUUAUGCCUCAUUCAUUGAAGACAAUGAACUGAACAUAGUGUUGGAAUUAGCCGAUGCUGGAGAUCUCUCUAGAAUGAUAAAGCAUUUUAAGAAACAGAAGAGGUUGAUUCCUGAAAGAACAGUUUGGAAGUACUUUGUUCAGCUUUGCAGUGCCUUGGAACAUAUGCAUUCUCGUCGUGUUAUGCAUAGAGACAUAAAGCCAGCUAAUGUGUUCAUUACAGCUACAGGGGUAGUAAAGCUUGGAGACCUUGGACUUGGUCGAUUUUUCAGCUCCAAAACCACAGCUGCACAUUCUUUAGUUGGUACACCUUAUUAUAUGUCUCCAGAGAGAAUACAUGAAAAUGGUUACAACUUCAAAUCUGACAUCUGGUCUCUAGGCUGUCUGCUGUAUGAGAUGGCUGCACUGCAGAGUCCCUUUUAUGGUGAUAAAAUGAACUUGUACUCCCUGUGCAAGAAGAUAGAACAGUGCGACUACCCACCUCUCCCUUCAGAUCACUAUUCAGAGGAACUGCGACAGUUAGUUAAUAUGUGCAUCAACCCGGAUCCAGAGAAGCGACCAGACAUAACCUAUGUCUAUGAUGUAGCGAAACGUAUGCAUGCACACACUGCGAGCAGCUAAACAGACAUCAGAUCAUGAAGAAAAGAGCAGAAAUAACCAAGUAUUUUAAAUAAAUCAUCCCACCUUUGUUUGUGUGUUACAGAAAUGUAAUUAUUUGAAGCUUACUGUUGUGCUUUGAAUUGUAAACCAAUUUAUAUACAAGCUUUGUUGUUUUCUGUUUAUUUCUAUUUUUUGUAUUUUUUACUAACUUGCAGUUGUACAACAGGUUUAAAUAUGUAAAGCAUAAGUCUAAAAGAUACCGAGAACCACUGUUUUACAUGUUAAGUGGGUUCAAGUAUAUUUUCUUUAAUAACAAAAUUGUAUUCAGUUGGGCCUCAGUUCUAAAACACAGUUGCACUUUUGCACAUGAUACAGAUAUUAGGCUUAUUAUCCAGAAGCAAAAUGUCUGAAUCUCUCACCUUUUUAGUAAUUUAUGGAAAGUAUGAAUCAGCACAGUUAACUUUAUUUUAAUCUUUGUUCUAAGAGGAACAUAAUUAUUAUAGAAGGUUAUUGUAUUUUAUAUUGAAUUGUAGUUUGGAGUUCUCAGCAUAAGAGUAGACAGGCGAUAGGAUUAGUUCUCUGCUUGCCAAAUGUGAUGGGAAAACAGUUUCAGGAAAAAUUGUCAUGCUGAAAUUUUUGUAACAUCCCUUUUUGUUUUGUUAUUCUGUCAUAAUGCACAUAAAACAUUUGUUGGAGGUUUUCUAGGAAAAUUUGAGGUGUUGAUUCUGCAAUCUGAUCAUUUUCAAUAGACUUGUGCAGCACUGCCCUGGGGCAAUAGGAGUCUGCAUAGUUAAGUCUUAAAACCAUGCAGAUGCUUCUUGUAGCAAAUAGGGUUCUUUUGAGGCUAGCGUCUAUGAGAAGGUCUGAUUAAAAGAUGCGAUCUUGAAGUUAAAACUUCCCAACUGUUUAUGUAUAUGUCACUGUAGAUUUUUGUGUUUAAAAUAAUUUGAAUGACCUUACAGUAUAUUUAAGUUUUAAAGUGGUUUUUUUUUUUAAAUACAGAAACCUUUUGGAAAAGAUGUAAUAGCGUAGUAUAACACAAAAUGUAUUCUUCAUGAAUAUCUGGUUUUGAAUACUGCAUCCUGAGAAUUAGUUUUAUAUUUAGCAAAAGUAAAUUUUAGCUUUUAUGUUUAAGAGAAAGUUGCCACUCCUUCAUUUGGGAAAUAAAUAUAUAUGCAAAAUGUCUUACAAAUACUUUAUUAGUAGAAAAGGAAAUUCAGAAUAUUUUUGUUAGACCUUAGUACCUUUUUGGGUAUGCUUAAAUAAUAUUUCUAUUGUUAAGGAAGGAAGGUGUUUUAAGUGUGGUAAAAAUGGAGAAUGGACUGAAAUUUCUUGAGUUUCAAGACUGAACUCUUUAUACAGAACUGUCAAAACAUAAUUAUUACCAGUGAUAUUGCUGAGAAGCUGCUAUAG